AUGUCGAAGCGAACUGUCAAGGUCGGAAUCACCGGAAAGUACGGUACCCGUUACGGUGCUUCGCUCCGUCGUCAGAUCAAGAAGAUCGAAAUCUCGCAGCACUCCAAGUACACCUGCACUUUCUGCGGCAAGGACUCGGUCAAGCGCAAGGCUGUCGGCAUCUGGGAGUGCCGUGCCUGCAAGAAGGUCAUUGCCGGUGGUGCUUGGACCCUCAGCACCUCGGCUGCUGCCACCGUCCGAUCCACCAUCCGACGUCUCCGUGAGCUGACUGAGGCCUAA